ACAUUGACAAUGCUGACUGCUGUCAACAAUUGAUCAACACUUGAUCAACGUAAAAAAUUUAUCGAUCAUUUCAUAAUUCUGUCGACUUGCUAAAUUGUUUGUAUACAAAAUACUCAUUUUUCACUUACAACUUCCUCUAACUCGAUUUAAUUACAGUGGAUUAAAUGUAGUGUUAUUUUAAAAAAUUUAAUUCAUGUAUCGCUAAUCGGCAUUGAAAUCAAUGGAGCUUUGUCGAAAACAAGGAGGAAUUUUCAUGUGGAAGUUAAUUAAAGCAUUUAGUGGUAGUAAUGGGUAGAACUGGUCGCUGGAGAAAACAAAAACGAGAAUAUAACUUCCAUACAUGCAAUGAACACAGGGAGGUGAUAUUAUUAAACUCAUGGCUGGCACAAUAUGGCAUCCGGCGAAGUAAAAAGCUAAGUUUAGCGGUGUUCAAAGACAGCGAUCGUGGAGUGCUAACCAAGAAGAAAAUUAAGGCAGGAGAAGAAAUCAUUAAUCUACCUCUGAACCUCACUAUUAAUGUUAUAACUUUGUUAAUUGAUGCAGAUUUUAAUAGUAUAUUUUUAGAUAAUGAUAAGCAGUGUUUAGUGGAAUAUAAGCAAUGUGUAACAUUUCAGUCCUUAUUAGCAUUUUAUUUGCUGUUCUUAAAGUCGCAAGAUAGCGAUUCAAAGUGGCACACCUACUUAAGAAGUUUACCACAAUAUUAUACAGUGCCAUAUUUUUUGAAUGAAGAUGUACAGAAUUAUUUGAACCCAGAAAUUUUAGCAGUAAUCGAAAAGCAAAAAAGUGUAGUAGAUGAAUCGUUUGAUGUAUUUGUGAACAUAUUGGUCAAUAUCAAAAGUGAUAAAAACAAUAUUCAAAAAUUUUCUAAAUAUUUUACAAAAUCUCAUUUUGAAUGGGCAUAUUUUACAGUUAACACUAGAUGUGUCUAUAUGGAUCUAUCAAAUUUGAUUAAUUUAACGAAUAAGGAUAGUACAAUUUUAGCUAUUAUAAAUGAUAAUACCAGGAUCUCACUGUGCCCGUUUUUAGAUAUGAUAAACCACAGUGCCAAUUGUAGCAAUGAAACCAAACUAUUAGUCAAUAAGGAAAUAGAAAACAUACCUUUAGUCAAUUUAACAGAGGAUAUAUUUUCUGAGGUACGCUUUUCUAUCUAUACUAAGAAUGACUUCAAAGCAUAUUCCCAAGUGUUUAUAUGUUACGGAGAUAGCUAUAAUUUGAAACUUAUUACCGAGUAUGGUUUUUAUUUACCUUUGAAUGAUUUGGAUUAUGUUGAAUUUGAAUUUGAAAAAAUUAAAUUGUUCUGCAGUUCUAGAAAUAUAAAGUUUUCACAGGAACAAUGUAAUUUUAUAUACAAUCAUGGUCUCAAUAAGGAUUUGUACAUUGAUGGAAGAGGUUUGAGUUUUAACUUUUAUGGUUUACUCUUAGUUGUUAAAUAUUUCUAUAAUGAAGAUGUUAAUGUGAGUAGGUUGUUGUAUUCUGCUGCUAUCUGUUCUUAUGAUAGGGUUUUAAUUGAUUUCAUAAAACCAUUUGUGAAAAAUAAAAUAGUUGAUACAAAGUAUGCUUUAGAUAAGUUACAGGAUUUUGAUCAGUGUAAUAUACUCAAUAAUUGUAUACAACUUAUGUGUCAAUAUGUUAGAAUUUUAGAGAAGUUUAUUAAAAGUUAGAUAUCUCAAUAAAA